UGUUUUCAGUCUACGUGUGUCGUUACAAACCUUACAAGCCUAACCGUGACGAAGAAGAAUGGCACUCAGAGUUGGUGGCGGCGGAGGGGGGAGGGGAGGCGGGGGUCGAGGAAAGAAAAACCGGCAUAGUCCGUACGGCCGGGCUGGCAGAGUAGCGGGUGGCGGAGGAGGAGGGAGCAUGUCGUGGAACCAGCAAGAGACUGGCGGGAAACCUCAGGCAGAGGGGAAUACACCAGAUGGGGCCCCAGUUGCGGUGGCACCAGGUCCCCAGAUGACAGGGGAGCAAGCCAACAGACCAACAUUGCCACCUCAUCCGUCCAUGAAAAAGUUCACCAACAGAGCUCGGCUGUUUUUCGGUAACUUGCCUCGCGACUUCUCUGAAGACGAGCUGAAGAAGAUGCUCUCAGCCCACGGAGAGGUGCAGGAGAUAUACCACAACAGGGAGAAAAACUUUGGCUUUGCCAGGAUGGCCUAUAGGUCAGAGGCGGAGCAAGUGAUACUGCAUCAUAACGGACAGACUAUCAGGAACAGGGAUAUAAAAGUCAGAUUUGCUGCGUCCAGUGCCUCCAUAAAGGUGUCCAACAUCAACCCCUAUGUGUCCAAUGAGCUACUGGCUGAGUCUUUCUCUCGUUUUGGUGACGUGGAGGAGGCCGUGGUUGCCACGGACGACAGGGGAAAACCCCUCGGCUAUGGGAUAGUGGAUUUUGCGAGGAAGGGGCAGGCAAUGUCUGCCAUUCAGCAGUGCCGCAAAGAACCGUUCCUCCUUACCAAGUCUCCAGUCCCAGUGGUUGUCACGGAGAUGAUACGAGAUAAUGAGGAGGGACUCCUUGAGAAAGAACUCGUCAAGAACAAUGCCUACCACUUUGAGCGAGAGGCUCCUCCGAGGUUCCCGCAGCCGGGCAGUCUGGAGUUUGAUGUGGCUCAGCGCUGGAAGGCCUUCUUUGAUCAGGAGAGGAGCGAGAGGGACAAACUGGAGGAGAAGGUUCGAGGAAUGAAGUCGGCCAUUCAGAACGACAUGGACACCAUAAAGGAGCAGCACCAGACUCUGGUCCUCAGGCAGGAGAUAGCAAGGCACCAGCUGGAGCAGCAGCGACUGGGUGAGAGGCUGAGAGAGCAGGAGGAGAGGCUAAAGGGACUCAACGCCGCUCAGAGCAGCAUGGGGCUUCUCCCCUCGUUCCCCGGGCCCGCCCCUCUAUUUCCACCCAUAAUGGGAGACCCGACCAGACCCCCCGAUGGAGAGAUGCCAGCCCUGAUGGGGCACCACCCACCAUUAGGCCCACCACUCUUCAACCCUCCUCCACUCAUGGGACCUGGCAUGGGACCGUGGAUUCUACUGUGUGAAGAGGUUGUUAUCAUGAGUAGUAACCAGUCAGUCAGGACAAUGAACCAUCACCAAAUAAGGACAGAAGUAUGGAUCAACCAGGUGCCUCCCUCUCUGGUCCCUAUUCCAUUCUAG